UCGUUGUAAAACGUCAAGCACGAAAUCAAAAUGUCAAGAAACGAUGGCAAAAAAGAUUCGUCAGCAUCUACAUUUCGAAAAAUCGAUGUUGAUCAGUAUAGUGACAAUAAUUUUAGAGAAGAAGAUGCUGAUGGUGGAAUAGGAGGACCUACUGGUCCAGAUGAAAAUGAAAUUUUGACACUUCUUAGCCAAUAUCCUUUCCAUGACGGUAAGAAUGCUGAUGCUUUAAUCUCAGUGUUAAGAUCUGCACCACUUGGCUGUAAAAAUCAACAAGUAAAGGAUAACGCACGGAAUUUAACCCUAAAGGUUCUUUUAAGUAUAAAAUCUACUCAAAUAGAUGAUUGCUUAGCACAAUUAGAUCGGGACUUAUUGGAUGUUGUAAUGAAAUAUAUCUAUCGGGGAUUUGAAAUUCCAACAGAAGGUAGCAGUAGUCAUUUAUUAACCUGGCAUGAAAAAGUAUACAAUAUCAGCGGUGUUGGCAGUAUUGUACGAGCAUUUGCAGAUAGCAAACGUGCUUGA